AAGGUCUACACGCUUUUAUUCAUAACCUGAAAAAAAAAUGUUUAUCUGUUUUCUCUCAAUGUAUCGACGCCUCCAUAAUUCAUUCUUCCACAAUUCAACGCCUCCCUCCUUCAUCGUUCAUCUUGUUCCUCUCUCUCGGUGUCGGCGUCGUCCCGGUGGUCGUUCACAACCGUCUUCGUCGUCUAGAAGUCGUUCGCUAUUCCGACAUCACCCUCUUCCCGCUACAUUCUUCCGCCGAUGCCAGUCUUCUCAUCUACACAAAUUUGAAUGGGUGAAAGAUGUGUUUGAUGAUGCUGCUUAAUGUUAUUAUAUGGAGUUUUUGAUGAUUUUUUUUUAUAUACAUGGAAUUUUGAUUAGAUUACAAUGGCUAUUUAAUGUAAAAGAAAAAUUAUCUCGUUAAAUGAUAAUUUGAUUAGAUUGCAAUUGACAAUUUGAUGUUAUUUAUGUAUAUAAUUGUCACAG